GCGGAUGUUUCCUGCAAUGAGAGUGAAGAUCUCAGGUUUAGACCCACAUCAGCAGUAUUACAUUGCUAUGGAUAUUGUGCCAGUGGAUAACAAAAGAUACAGGUAUGUCUAUCAUAGUUCCAAGUGGAUGGUGGCUGGAAAUGCUGACUCCCCGGUGCCGCCUCGGGUUUAUAUUCACCCUGACUCACCCGCCUCGGGGGAGACGUGGAUGAGACAAGUGAUCAGCUUCGACAAACUGAAGCUUACCAACAACGAGCUGGAUGAUCAGGGGCAUAUUAUCCUUCACUCUAUGCAUAAAUAUCAGCCUCGUGUCCACGUCAUCCGAAAAGACUGUGGCGAUGAUCUGUCCCCUGUCAAGCCCAUCCCUUCGGGAGAGGGGGUGAAAGCCUUCUCCUUCCCCGAGACAGUCUUCACUACUGUCACAGCAUACCAAAAUCAACAGAUAACUCGUCUGAAGAUCGAUAGGAACCCAUUCGCCAAAGGCUUUAGAGAUUCGGGCCGUAACAGAAUGGGACUGGAAGCUCUGGUAGAGUCUUAUGCCUUCUGGAGACCUUCUCUGAGGACACUUACAUUUGAAGACAUACCUGGGAUACCCAAACAAGGAAAUGCAGGUUCCUCUACUUUACUCCAGGGAUCUGGCAGUGGAGUGCCAUCUACCCACCCUCACCUUUUACCGGGCUCCCCUUGCUCCUCUCCAGCCUUCCACCUCAGCCCCAACACCAGCCAGCUGUGCACCCUUGCCCCAGCUGACUACACCGCGUGUGCGCGCUCCGGCCUGGCGCUGAACAGGUACAGCACUUCCCUGGCUGAGACCUACAACCGGCUCACCAGCCAGGCUGGUGAGACCUUCGCUGCCCCCAGGACUCCCUCCUACGUCGGCGUGUCCAGCAGCACAACUGUGAAUAUGUCCAUGAGCGGCAGUGACGGGGAUGCCUUCAGCUGCCCGCAGACUGGCUUAUCCAUGCAGAUUUCAGGGAUGUCUCCACAGCUCCAGUACAUCAUGCCCUCCCCAUCCAGCAAUGCCUUUACCACUAACCAGACCCACCAAGGCUCCUACAACACGUUUAGACUGCACAGUCCCUGUGCGCUCUAUGGAUAUAACUUUUCCACAUCCCCUAAACUGGCUGCCAGUCCUGAGAAAAUCGUUUCUUCCCAAGGAAGUUUCUUGGGGUCCUCGCCAAGUGGAACCAUGACGGAUCGGCAGAUGUUGCCCCCCGUGGAAGGAGUGCACUUACUUAGCAGUGGGGGGCAGCAGAAUUUCUUUGACUCUAGGACCCUAGGAAGCUUGACACUCUCAUCUUCUCAAGUGUCUGCACACAUGGUUUGAUGAAGCCUUUAAGUAAAAGUACAGUAUGUUUGGUGUCUGCAAUGUAUUUCUUUUGGAAUAUGAAAGGACACUCGAUGUAGCUUGUUAAGUGUGUGUAUAUAUAAUAUGAGAGGAAGUUUUACUGAAAUUUUGACUUGCUUCUGGCCAGAUUAUCCUCCUAUUUUGAGUUACACAGAGUUUGCUACGGUGCAGACUGCUUUAGUUUUCUGGUAUAAUACACUUAGUUGUAUAACACGUUGGGACAUAUGCAACAAAUUAAGUAAGACUUCCUCCCCUUUCCCCCUCCUCUGUUCUAACCCCUUUAAAGAAUGAAGUGACACUUGGAGUAUUAAACAACAGAAAAAAGCCCACUUUUAUUUCCUAUAUUACUAGCGAGUUUCUUUAAAACAUUCAUACAAUAAGCUGAUGCACCAAAGGCAUUUUACAGGUUUCUUCUGUUAUAAGUGAUAAAAAGGGUAUUUGGACUUCUUAGUGUUAAGCAUCAAGCAUCCAGCCUACAAAAUAAAUGGAAAGAUUAGUUUGCCUUCUCAUGAUAUGCUGGUUUUAGCUUAUCAAUGGCACAGCAUUCUCACUAGAAUUUGUUUUUUCAGCAUUAGUCUAGAUUUAUGAUUAUAUAUCUGAAGACAAAUAAUGCAUAUUCAAAUUGUGGUGAUGGGAAUAAUUCAAAUCACCAGCACUAGAAGCAGCAUUCCUUUGUAUGAAAGGAACAUUGGGGUGCUUACUUUUUGUCAAAGGUAGGGCUUGAUGCAUUUUUUCCUCCAAAUGCCUAUAAGACAUUUACUGGACAGUAGGAUAUUCUAAUGUAUCUUUGUUUUUUAUAUUUUUACUUUUUUAAAGGAAAAUUCCGUUUGAUUUAGAGAAAAAAAAAAAAGUGAGCCGAAUGAGAAAUUCUGUUAUUGGUUUUACCUGUUUUGUGUGUGUGACAUGUUUUGGGUUUGGUUUUUUUUCCUUUUGUUUGCUUGGUUGUUUUUUUUUUUUUUUCUGUUUUAUUUUUUUCAAUAAGGGCAAAAAGGUUCUGCAUCCUCAGUAUUACAAAAGUGACCCAGUUUGCUCAAAAGUGUUCCUGGAAGAAGAACGUUGUCAUAGCUGCCUUCCUGUUGCUCUGGUUUUGUCUUGGAAUAGGAGAGGUUUCCUUCAUUCCCACCUCUGGUUUCUACAUGGCACUUGUAAGAAUGUAGAUCACCAUCUGCUCCUGACCGGACUUCUCCAGAGUCCCCAGGACACAGGGAGACACCAUGGUGAAAUUUCUGCCCUCAUGCGCACCUGCACAGCCCAGGUGUGUAUCAGUCCUUCUGCAACAGCUGCCCUCAGCUGCCCGUCUGUCAGGGCUGAGCCACAGGGGCUAGAAAACAAAUUUUAGUGCUUGACAGAACAGGUCAUCUUCAACAGUAUGCCAAUUCUAAUUUAUACUGUGCAGGUGAUGUAAAGGCAUUCUCAGGUGGGUACAGACGUGCUUGAAAACGCUUCCCCAGUCAGCAUUAAAGGAGAUUAAGGUCUUUCAGGUGUAUGUUUGUUGGAUCUUUUGGGUGAAGGUGAAUUUUUAUGUGUCUCACGUGUUCUUAUAUCUUUUCGGGCAAAUAGUGGGCUUACCCACUCUCACUUCAAAAAAGACUCAUUUCAGCUAAUAUUUCUACAGUGGGACGGAAAUAAUAUAUGCAGAAACAGCUCUCUUGCUACCUCCUCUUAUCUGGGAAUAGGACAGCAAUCUUUAAGCCUGUGUCUGAAGAAUGCUUUAUUUCUAUUGGUUAUGUAUUUGUUUCUGUUAAAGAUACAUAAAAAGUUCUCUUUCAAAGUUAGAAAGAGAAGAUGAUGCGAUUGAGGUGAUGUGGGCUUGCUUCUUUGCUGUCUUAAACUUUCUAAGUGACCUUUCUGAGUAUGUCUAAGUUCAGUCAGUCUCUAUCAGACUUUUUUCUUCUGAAAACUGUGAUAAUAGCACUUCUCUUCCUCUGAGGAGGGGGUGACAGUACAUUGAAGAUGAAGAUCAUCUUUACAUUUGCUGUGCUGUGGACAGUAUGUUACAGAUGAAUGGCUGGGUGAUGUUCAUAUAUAAGGAUAAAAAAGUAAAUUCGUGCACUUCAGCUCUGUUGCUGGUCUUGGCAGUGCAGUGUCCUUUGAGGCAAAUUUCCUAGAAAAGACCUGCAAUGCUAAAAAUGCUGUUCAAACUCAUGCUAUUGGUUUGUGAAAUGGUUCUAAGGUGUGUAGAAGAUGAUAGGAAAAUUUUCAGCUAUGCAAAUUGUCAUAGCUCCAUUGGUUUAAAUUAAGAAGUAACUUGUGUGUAGUUAUUCCUUCUCUAGGCAAAACUUCCAAAUUUUGCAGUUGGAAAAACACUUAAGUGGAAAGAUGGUACAACUAAUCCAUACUUGGAGAAGCAUAAAUAGCCAUAUCAGCUUAAGAGCUGUGACUAGGUAGAAAUGUGGAAGAGCUAAAUCAUGUGUGUUCCUAUAAGGAGAGAAAAAAAAAGGUUGUGCAUGGAUGUUCAUGGUGGUGCUCCUGUCAAGACUAUGUACUUUAUUGUCUGGGAAUUUUUUAGAACUGGUCUCUUAUUUUUCCUCAAAUUAUUCUUAUCAUAUAACCACCCAAUAUUGUUUUAUUUGUUCCUUAAAAUUUUAAUAAUAUUGUAAAUACUGGUUUGUCAUUGUGAAAAGACUAGCUUUUUAUCAAUACAGUAAAUGCUAUAUAUGCAUUAUAUCUAUAAUUAUAUAUCUGUAUUUUACAAAAGUGCCACAGAAAAUAUAUUAAAGUGUGUAUUCAAACACUUUUUACUACAUUUGGAAAACUGAGAGGCUUGGGCCUAUUUUUUUCACUACAGCUUCAGCAAGACCAAAGGCAGUGACUCGAAGGUAAGCUCUGAAUUUCAGAGACUUAAUACAGCAAGCCCAACAAGUCCACAAUUCUUUAACCACCCGCAGUUGAACCUCUCUUGUUAUUUCUAUGUAAAAGAAUCGCCCCAACAAAUGCUGUGUAUAAGGAGAUAGUGGGCUGGAAGCAGAGCUGUGAGGUUUUUUGUGGGGAAAAGGGACUGAACUGCUUGCCAGGAUCUUUAGCCAGUGAUGGAACUUUGGUACUUCUCACAGCCCAUGUUAUCCCAGCUGCCAAGACCAGUUCAGCUGCCCUGUAUCAACUGGAUCUGAGGAGUUAGCACUUCCAUAUGAGCAGUUUCUUGAGCAGGAGCUUGGUACUCUGAGCUUUUUCUCUCUCUGUAUUUCUUUGGUAAUUGCCCUUUGGUUCUGCUAGUUCUAAAUGCAAAAAGCCAUUGAUUUUGAAGGCAGAAUUUACAACCAAUAAUCAUGUGGGUAUAUUGUUACUCAGCAAUGAGCAGCAUUUCUCCCUCCAGGAAUACUGUUAGGCACAGUGGCCUUAUUUCCUAUUGUACUGCAAUAAACGAUUCCAUGUGACGUAGGGCACAGGGCCUGAAAAUCUGAUUACUUCAGAGCCUAGGGUUUCGUAGUCACUUAACACCAGCAUUGUUGCAAAUGACCAGAAUUAGGGCAAGAGAAGUAGGCAUGAAAUGCUUGAUCAUAAAUAUCAGGCCUCCAGGGAGGAAGAAAGCUUCUGUUUUUAAUAAGAGAACAGUACUUUUUUUAUUAUGAUUUUAUUUAAUUUUUUGCUAUAGCACCAUCAGACUCUAAGAGGGCUCAUUUCUGCUUCAGCAGAGAGACAACUGGAGCAACUUGAAAGUCAUGGACAUUGUUGUCAUUAAUGCUAGUAAGCCUGUUCCCUAAGCAGUUCAACAGAAAAAAAUACAAAUAAUCCUCAGAAGUAGCUCACAAGUUAUUUGGGUAUAUUUUUCUUGUAAAGAUAAUAUAUCUAAUUAAUCUGUGCAGAAGUAUGCUUAAAAAUGUUGCAAUUCAUCAUAAUGAGUUAGUGCUUUUUUGAGGCUGACUCUGCGCUUCAGACGACAAAACCUGUUAAUUUGUCAGUUGAGCUCUUCUUUAAUGUGAUACUCAAGAUUCAAUAUUUUGCCUUGUGUCUAACACAAAGUUGUCGAUAUGUCAAUUUGGUAUAUGCAAAACUACAGGAAAAUUCAUUUUUGCCUUAUAUUCCAUCAUAUUCCUCAACUACUCGGUUGAUUCAAAACACUGGCUUCAGAAGGUGACACACACUUCUAAGAUAUGAUGACUUGCAUCAUUAGGAAAUAACAUUUCUAGAGAAUUCAAGUUUCUUUAAAUGCUUUUUGUCACUGCUUUUGUGUUCAACCUCUGGGAAGGUGUUUGUUGCCCAAAAAAAGAAGUCCUUUGCAGUCACCACUUAUUUUUGAAAUCCUAUGUAUUCACCGCUUACUCUUGAAAAGCAGUGUCGAAUUGGCAAUACAAUCAGAUCAGCUGGUGCCCAAACAGAGCAAUUACAACAAAAUGAGAAGCACCAAAUCUGCUCAAGUACUGUGGGCAUAUAGAAACACUCAGCUGAAUUUCAUUUGUGUGUCCCUUUCAGAGGUUUAUUGGCACUUAAAUAUUAUGUGUUAAUAUCUCACAUCUUCCACUACAACAGAAUGAACAUGAAGCUUCCAUGAGAUGGAUAAAUUUCAAUUUUUUUUCUUUUAAGCCUUUCUAAAUGUUGGAGAUAGCACCCAGGUUUCAAGACAAGCACCUGGGCACCAUUUUUGCAGCAGGGAGUGGCAGGAGACAUGGAGAUCACACAAAUGGAGCCUGCAGUGCCACCACACACUCUUGGAAUGUCACAGGUGCUGUGGUGGCACCCACAAUGUACAGUUCUGUCCAAGCACAUGUCAGUGCACCUCUCACAGGAGGCUGUAGCCUAAACUGAGAACUGACAUCAAAGGCUAGCCAGGAAGGAUGAAGUGUGAUGUGAAAAUCCUUGCUCCACCAGAAAGCUGGGCCAUGGCAGUGAAUGUUAAGCACAACCCAGCACAGACUUGGCCUUUGUCAAUGCCACUUUGACUAAUCCACACCCUUAUAUUCAUUUGCACACCACUGGUUUUAUUUAGAUGCUAUAAUAGAGAGCUAAGAAUAAAUUUAGAGCACAUUGAAGGAAACCUGGACCCACUGUGGCCAGUGGUAAUGUUGCCACUGACUUGAGCUUUAUGGAUACCACAUUUCCAGACCCUAAGACAUCCCCCUUUCUGUUCCAGAGUGCUUUACCCACACAGCAGCUGUACUCAUAAUGGUCUUGGCCAUUUUUCUGUCCAUUUGUGAUGUUUUUCAGAUGGAUAACUGGCUUUUUGCAUUUCACAUUCUCGUAUUUUGUUUUUUAAUUUGUGAUUCUGCGGUUUUUGAGACACAGACUGAAAGACAAGACAAGGUUGCAACUCGCUGCUCCAUCCCCCAGAAGCCCUGCCAAUGGAUGGUGUAUCCUUUCCACGGCAGAUAAUUGACUAUAUACUUCCCCACAA